AUGUUAUAUUCUAACAAUAAUUUGAAUGUAAGCAACAACAUUCCCAAUAGUCAAGAUAAAAUGAAUGGAUCUUAUAUGUACAUAAAAAAACUAAACAGUGAUACAAUAAUAAAAAAUAUAAAAAAAAAUUAUAAUUUGAACCUAUUUGUAAAUCCACAAGGAAAAACAUCAUUAAAUAAUAAUAUUAUUACUAUUAAUAAUGGUGAGUUAGGGCAAUAUGUUUAUAAAAAUGGUCUAUAUAUUAAUAAUGCUGUUGACGUAAAAAAAGACAUAAUAAAAGUUGUAAAUAAAAAUAAAUGUAUUUAUAGUAUUCCAAAUAAUAAAGAGUGUUCGACAUGUAAAACAAAAUCUACAAAUAUUGAAUAUAUUAACAAAUGUGCGCAUUAUAUAAAUAAGGAUAUAAAAUAUAUGUAUAAUAAGAACAUAUCAUCAUAUAUAAAAAAUAAUGGAAAUAAUAUAGUUAAUAAUGGAAUGUGUUUAAAUAAUAAUUUAUCAUAUAUAAAUAAGAAUAUAUAUAAUAAAAUAUACAAUAUUAAUGAUAAUAAUAAUAAUAAUAAUAGUGGCAAUAAUUCAACUAGCAAAAUUAAUACAAGUACACAUAAAAAUAUUGCGCAAUAUAAUAAUAUUCCUCCGUUUAUAAAAUAUCAGAUAAUAAGUCAGGUAAAAAAUGAUAACGCUGAUAAUAAAAAUUAUUUCUUAAUGACAAGAAUAUCUGAUAGUGAAAAAAAAAAAAAUAUAGAAAAUAAGGAGGAAAAUAAAAAUAAAAAAAAAAUAUAUAAUAUAAUGGAUAUGUAUCAUAAAAAUGUAAACAUUAAAGAAAAUAAUAAAAAUACAAAUAUACAAACAAAAGAUAUAUAUACAAUUGGACAGAAAAAAAUAUAUAUUCCAUUAAAUAAGAAACAUAUUAAUAAUUUAUCAUUAAAUAAUAAUUACAUUUCUUAUGAUAACAAAGAAGGUAUAUUUCAUAGUAAACCCUUUUUCUUAAAUACACAAAUGAAUAUGAAUAAUAAUUACAAGGAUAUAAAAUUUAAAAAUCAUGAAAAAAAAAAAAAUUUCCUUGUUCAGAAUUCACAAAAAAAUAAUGUAACAAAUAAUAUCAAUGUUAUAAAUGUAAAUUAUGAACGAUUAGCUGAUAAUAAGUCAAAAGAAAACCUUAACAAUUUUAAUAAAAAGACAGAAGAAAAAAAAAAAGAAGAAGAAGAAAAUAAAAAGAAAAAUAAAAAGAAAACAACUAAAGAUUUGCAUCAAAAUAUUAAAAGUCAUAAGGAUAAUAUGAUAAGUCAAAAUGAAAAGAACAAUAUAUCGAGUAUAAGUAAAAUAAAUCAUGAGGGUGUUUUGAAAAAUAUGAACAAGAAAGAAACAAAUAAAAAUAAUAACCAUCUAAUAAGUGAUAAUAUGUCAAAUGAUAAUAUGUCAAAUGAUAAUGUGUCAAAUGAUAAUGUGUUAAAAGACAAUGUGUCAAAUGAUAAUGUGCCGAAUGAGGAGGACAUAACUAAAGAUGAAUGCUCAAAAGAAAGUAAAGAUAUAAAUGACGAAUGCAAAGAAGAUUGUAAAGAUAUAAAUGAAGAAUGUAAAGAAGAAAGUAAAGAUAUAAAGGAAGAAUGCAAAAUACAGAGUGAGAAAUUAAAAGAAAAAUGUAAGGAAGAAAGUAAUUCUUUAAAAAAAAUUAUCAAUAAAGAAAGUGAUAUUGUAAACAAUAUAUGUAUAAUAGAAAGUCAUAUAAUAUCUGAAGAAAGUAAAAAGGAAAGUGAAAUUGUAAAAAAAGAAUCUAUAAUCGAAAGAAAUAUAAUCAAAGAAAUAUAUAAGUGUAAUAAUGUUAUAACUAAAAAAAAUGAUAAUAAUAAGGAUAUUAAAAAAAAAGAUACAUAUAUUAUGGAAAGUAAAGAAAAAAGUAAUAAUAUUUAUAAUGUAUCUAAAACAAACAAACAAAAAGAUUAUAAUAAUAAUAAUAAUAAUAAUAAUAAUGAUAAUUAUGUUUCUCAGGAAAAAUUACAACGUAUUAAUAACGAAUCCAAGAUAAAUAAAAAUAUAAUAAAUGAUAAUAAAAUAUAUAAGAAAAAUAGAAAAAUAGAUUAUAUAUCACCCGAAUAUAUUAGUCAAGUCAUUAAAGAAUAUCAUAAUGAAGAGAGAAAACAAAAAAAGAAAAAUAUAUAUUACGAAAAUGUAAAAGAUGAAAAAGGUACUACUCUAUAUGAUAAAAAAAAGAAUUCCUAUUUGUUUGAUAAAAAUGAAAAGGGACACAUGUUUAAUAUAAAUAAAAAUAACAUUCAUAAGGAUUGUAAAAAAAAAGAAAGUUAUAUUUCUUAUACAAAUGAAAAUAAAUAUAUAAAUGAAAAUAAAUAUAUAAAUGAAGAUUCUAAUUUAAAAAAAAUAAAAGGAGAAGACUAUAAAAAUAACGAAAAUGCAGAAUGGCAUAUGGAUAUGUCACGAGUUAUAAACAGUGUUGGUGAAGAUAAAUUAGACAAAUGUCAUUUAUCAGAAUUAAUGAAAAUAAUGAAAAGGCUAGAAAAGGUUAAUAUGAAAAAAAUGAAUAUAGAUAAUUUAAUAUUAGAGGAGAAUAGUUGGGAAGAUUUUAUAAAAUAUGUAGAAGGAAAAAAUAAAGUAAAAGAUAAAAAUGAAGGUGAAGGUGUAGAUGAAUAUAAAGUAAAAGAUAAAAAUAAAGAUAAUAUAAAAGAUAAAGAAAAAAGAAACGUUAUAUCCCUUUCUAGUAAUGAUUAUAAUGUAUAUAAUAAGAAUAAAAAAAAAUACAAUGAAAUAACAUAUAACAAAAAAAGCAAUUACACUAAAAAUAAAAAGAAUAUCAAUAAUAAGUAUCAUGUGAAUGAUGAUAAUAAUGAUGUUUUAUAUAAUGUAGAUGAAAAUAAAGAAAAAUGUAUUGAACUUAAUAAAAGUUCUAGUAACAAGAUAAGUAUUUUAAAUAAUAUAAAAAAUUAUAUAGAUGUGUUGAAUUUAAGUUUUGAAGAAUUACUACAUUUAAAAAAUGUGAAAGACAUCUUUUGGUAUCUGUAUAUAAAAUCUAAGUUUGUUAAAAAACAAAAUAUGAAAGAAUUUUGUGAAUUAAUUAAAGAUAAGAUGGAUGAUAAAAUACAUAAGAAUUAUUUUAUGGAAUAUGUAGAUUAUGAUAGUUUUAAAAAAUUUAAUAAAAAUAAUUUUGAUACAUUUGAAGAGAAGAUAUAUUUAUUAGAAAAUUUAUUUUAUUUAUUAAAAUCAUAUCCAUUAGAUUAUGAUGAAAAUAAAGGAUGUUUUUAUAUGUUAUAUCCACAAAAGAAUAAAAUGUUUAAAAAUUCGGAAUAUGAUAUAAUAAAAAAUAAACUUCAUCAUUUAAAAAUAAGUAAGGAUAUAACAGAACAUUUUAAAAAUAAUUUUUUCUUUUUAGAUAAAAUAUUUAUACCUAAGGAUGCUUUUUUUUUUGUUAAAGAUUCAGAAGAUAUUGGUUUGAGGGAUAAAGAUAAUAAUAUUAUUUAUAUACAUCAAGCAUUGGUAAGUGAUUUGAAAGAAGAUAUAAAUGAUAAGUCUAUAUUUGAGAAUCUAUAUUCAUCUAGUCCUCCAUAUAAAUCUGAUUAUUUUAGAUAUAUACAAAAGAAGAAGAUACAAAAUAAAAUUAGGAAAUUUAAAGAAUAUAUAUUAUAUUAUUAUGAAUUCGAUACUAUACAAGAUUUUUUUGAUUUAUUAAUAUUAUUUGAUGAAGAAUAUAAAAGUUUAGAAAUGUUAAAUAGUUGUACUGACAUUCCUUAUAAUUUAACAAAAAAGUUGUAUACUGAUUAUUGUCAUAAAAUAAGGAAUAUUAGAAAAAAUGAGGAAUCGAUCGAUAAUAUAUUUAAUAAUUUAAAUAACACAAAUAUAAAGAAUAAUAUGAAUAAUAUGGAUAAACAUAAUGUUUAUAAUAAUGAUGAGGAAAAUGGUAUGUUUGGAUCUAACAAGUUGUGUAAUAAAGAAAAUGAUAAUAUAAAAAGAAUACAUAAGGAUGAUAACUUUAAUAUAACAAGAAGGUAUAUAUCUUUAGAUAAUUUAGAAAAUAAUUAUACCAAAAAAUGUAAUAUAAAUGAGAAAAAUGAUAAGGCAGAUAAUAAUAGGACUUUAUUUUGUUCAAAAAGAAGGGAUAGUAAUAUAAAUAAGGAUAUGUUAUAUGAAAAAUAUGAUCCAUUAAAAGGAUAUAAUAAUUUAAAUAAUAUUUGUAGUAUAAAUAAUAGUUGUAUAAAUAAUAGUUGUAGUAUAAAUAAUAGUUGUAGUAUAAAUAAUAGUUGUAGUAUGGAUUCUUAUUAUUGUGCUCACGAUUCAGAAUAUAAAAUCGAUGAAAUGUCAAAUAUAUAUUUAUCAUUUUUUUAUUCAAGUGAUAAUAAAAGAAAAAUGAAAGAAAUAUCUUUAGAUACGUUUAAAAUGUUUGUAGAGAAUUUAAGUAAAAUUAAAGGUCUUUCAAAUUUUACAUGUAUUGAUGAAUGCUUUUUAGGUAUAACAUUUUGUGAUCCAGAUAUACCUAAACAUUUAUGUAAUCAGAAAAAGGUAUUACCAAAAAAUAUUAAUUAUAAUGGAUUUAUGAAUUGUAUGAGAUAUAUACCAUAUGUUAUACCAGAUUUUCCUUUAUCAACUAGCCAUUUUGAGAUAUCUUAUAAUAAUGUAGAGAUAUUUAAUUCAAGAAAUUCAUUUUUACAUAUAUUAAAAUAUAGAGGAAAUAGAAAUGAUAUAAUUUUAUUAAGAAAUAAAAUUGUUUUGGAUAUUAUCCAGAUAUUUGUAUAUAUACCAUGGAAUUUUGGUGUAGAUACAGGUAUAUACACUUCAUUAAUUCAUAUGCUUCCUGAGAAGAAACGAACUGUUGACAUGUGUGAGUCUUCUUAUUAUAAAAAUUAUAAAUAUUAUUUAAAAAGAAAUAAAAAAUAUAAUAAUAUAAAAAAUUUGAACACGUUAUCAGAUAAUUUUUCAGAUUCAAAUUCUACAUCCACAUCUAAAUAUGAAUCAAAUAAUUUUGUGGGUAACUUAUAUAACAAGGAAUAUAACAAAAGAUAUAAAAUUGAACAUGUAGUAGAAGAAAAAAUAAGUAAUAUAAAAGAAAGGGAUAUAUUACAUUUAAAUGAUAAUAUAUAUAAUAUGGAUAAUAGUUUGAAUAGUUCUUAUAAUAAUAUAUCUUUUGAAGAAACCUUUUUGAAAAUGAAAAAAAAAUUAUCUUAUAAAUGGAUACCUAAAUGGCAUAUGUGUAAUGAUAUAUUUUUAUCAAGAUUAAUAUCUUAUGAUGAAAUACAAAUAUGUUUACAAAAAAUAUUUCCUUUAUAUUUAAUACAAACAGCUUUAAUUUAUAUAGUUCAUAUAUCAUGUUGUUUCUUAAAUAAUGAAGAAUGGAAAUAUUUCUUUGAAUCUCCUUUUACUCUUUAUAAUAAAUUAACACCAGAAGAAAUAGCAAUACGAUAUAUAAAAUUAAAGGGAUAUAAAUUUAGUAAGGUAAAUAAUAUUCAAAUAAAUAAAAAUAUUGAUAUUCAUCAAAUAUUUAUGAGCAUACCAGAAAAUAUGCAAUGUCCUGAAAUUUAUAAACUAGCUAUAAAUGGAGAAAAUACAACUAGUGGCUAUUUAGCUGAACCAUUUGAUAUUUAUCAUUUAAUGUUUAUUUGUAAAGUUUUCUGGUAUAUCUUUUUAUAUGCAGAUAACUUUGUUAUACUUCGAUCAACCUUAUUUAAAAACAAACCAACAAAAAUGAAAAAUGAAAAAUAA